AUGAGGGAGGCGGGGCCGCCUUCCCGGCAGCGGCAGAAGAUGGCGGCGGCCGCGGGCUGGGCGCUGCUGGCCCUGGCUCUGUGUCUGAGCGCGGUGGCCGCGACCGGCGGCUCCGAGGGGAAGCGGCCGCCCAAGAAGAAGGACAUUCGGGACUACAACGACGCGGACAUGGCCCGGCUGCUGGAGCAGUGGGAGAAAGAUGAUGACAUUGAAGAGGGAGAUCUCCCUGAACACAAGAGGCCUCCAGCACCAAUAGAUUUCUCAAAAAUAGAUCCAGGCAAGCCUGAAAGCAUCCUGAAGCUGACAAAGAAGGGGAAGACUUUGAUGAUGUUUGUCACAGUGUCAGGAGAUCCAACAGAAAAGGAGACAGAAGAAAUCACCAGCCUGUGGCAGGGCAGCCUCUUCAACGCAAACUACGACGUGCAAAGGUUUAUUGUUGGCUCCAAUCGAGCCAUCUUCAUGCUGCGGGAUGGUGGCUAUGCCUGGGAGAUCAAAGACUUCCUGAUCAGUCAGGAAAGGUGUGCAGAUGUUACUCUGGAAGGUCAGGUUUAUCCUGGCAAAGGAGCAGACGGAAGUGAGAAAGUGAAAAACAAAACAAAACCUGAAAAAGCAAAGAAGAAAAAAGACACAGAGAAAAAAUCCAACGGCGUCAAAGAGGACAACCGAGCAACUAACCAGAGAGAGGAGCUAUGACAGCCACGGUGCCCAGACUGAAUCCUGCUCUGCUGCUCCUCGAAGGGAAUCUGCUGAUGAGUCCUGGCUUUUGGGGAGGAAGGAAGCAGAGACU